UGGCAUUGUGCUGCACGUGUACCCCGCCCAGCACACUGUGGACAGGGGCGGAGUGAUGAGGGACGAGUGGCAGUGGUCCCACAGUGCCGACAACCGUCGCAGCCCAUGCAUGGCGCGUUGUCCGCUUCCUCGCCCAUGUCGGUGCCGCGGUCUGCUGCUGAGGCCUCACCUUCGCUGGCAGAAGUUCAACGAGAGGAUAUGGACGGGGGGUGGCCUGUCCAUAGUCGUGCUCCAUCUCCUGCCGGCUUGCAAGGUCCUUCCUUUGGUGGCGAGGAAGACGACUUCGUUGGCGACGAUGAAGUUGAAGGUGAUGGCGGUGGCGUUGAUGGGCAAAACUCGGAUAACGCGCAGGAGGAGAGGGACAAUGCUAUUGUCGGGCAGAGAGAUGGGGGCGAGAAUGAAGCGGGGCCCCAAACCAGCAAGCGUGCAAACAAGCGGGGGGGGAAAGAUGCUUCUGCGAAAAGCAAGAAGCAAAACAUCCCUUGGUCCUUGGAUGAGAGGAUCGCGCUGUCCAAAAUUAUGGCCGAGGACGACGCCCUUAUGGCCGACGCCGAUGGGCAGCAUCGGUUUAACCGGAGCAAGGACCGGUAUGAGUGGGUGCACGAUCGGAUGGCGGAGCUGGGGUUUCCGCACAGGUCGGCAGAGGAUUGUCGUAAGAAGUGGCAGGGCAUGAUGGCUGCCGCGAAGUUGAUUCUCGACAAGUGUGAGAAUGCUUCGGGGAAACCUUCCUACUGGGACAUGACCCUUGAGGAGCGGAAGGCGGAGCAGGUUCCACUAGGCUUUGAGAAAGCUCUGUGGGAAGCGAUGAAGUGGAAACUGAAUCGGCCUUCCAUCAAGUGCGACAAGACGCUGGCGUCGGAGAACCUGCCAGCUAAUGCGGGGGGGAAUUCUUCGAGCGGCGGUCCUGCACAGCUGUCGUCGGGGAGGAGCGCUUCUGCCGGGAAAGCAACGGAGGAUUCGGACCACGCAGCGAAGACACGGAGGACAAACGCUGGCAAAGCGAGGAUGGACGACACGAUCAGCGAAGGGACAACAUUGGGUAGGGCGAUGGAGGACGCGAGAAGGUCUUACGACGAGGGUUUGGAUACGGCCGCUGCCACUCUGGUGAGGGCAACGUCGGAGGCAGGCUCGACGAUUGAGGUGAAGAUCGGUGACGUGGCAGAUGCCAUGCAUGGCGGGAACACUGUCCUUGAGAUGCUCGUCGGGGUUCUUGCAAGGGGUGGAGGUGGGGGGAAAAGUGUUGCAUACGAUAGGCGGGAUACAGACCCCUCUUCGCAGUAAUAUAUAUAUAUAUAUAUAUAUAUAUAUAUAUAUAUAAAGAUGGGUACCGGCUGUCGUUUCCCACCCCCGACGUCCACAACGGGCGUCC